AUGUCUUCCAUCGUCAACAAGAUCAAGGAGGCUGUCCACUCCGACAAGUCCCACCAUGGCGCUCCUGAAGGCACCAGCGGACCCCACAACUCUCGUGUCGCCAACGCUGCCGACCCCCGCGUCGACUCUGAUCGUGACGGCUCCCACACUGCUGGCCGCACCACCGGCACCACCGGUACCAACGAAGGUCUCCACGGCCCCCACAACUCCCGCGUUGCCAACACUCUCGACCCCCGUGUAAACUCGGACCGUGACGGCUCUCGCACUGCUGGCAACACUGGUACUGGCUUCGGCAACACUGGUACUGGCUUCGGCAACACUGGUACUGGCUUCGGCAACUCUGGCCGCACCGCUGGCACCAACGAGGGUCUCCAUGGCCCCCACAGCUCCCGCGUUGCCAACACUCUCGAUCCCCGCGUCGAUUCUGACCGUGACGGUUCCAACACUCUUGGCUCUUCUGGUACCGGCACCCACACCACCGCUGGCUUCGGAGGCAACACUGGCAUCGGCUCUGGCAACACUCACCGCGCCACCGCCGGCACCGGCACGACUGGCAUGACCGGCACCCAUGGUGCCCCCGCCGGCACUCACGGCCCUCAUAACUCUCGCAUUGCCAACGCUGCUGAUCCCAGAAUUGACUCUGACCGUGAUGGCCGUGGUGCCAUCCACAGCGGACCUGGCCCUACCAGCAACACUGCCGGCCCUCACUCUAGCGAUAUGGCGAACAAGCUCGACCCCCGAGUCGACUCGGAUCUUGACGGUUCCAAGACCAUUGGUCAAAACAGGACUUACCAAUCUGGGACAGCCACUUCCAUCGCAAGAGACCCUACGGACGCUUCUCAGGUCCCUCCCUCUGUCCUUCGCAAGCAUCUGGGUGACCCGGUGGUUGAGCAUGAUGACCACCACCAUCACCGCGAGAGGAGAAACAGCGUGAAGUCCCACCAGGAGGCCUUUAGCGGAGUCUAA